AGUAGUAUGAACCAGUUGAGCUAUUUCGCACUUUCCAAGUCGGAGAUGAUGGCGACUCUUCUGGAUGGCUCUCUCAUUCGUUUCCGCGUUUUAUAUAUUGUUUAGAGAGCUGUGAUAACCUGCUGGGGACAUUCAUCACUUAUACCCCAUUGCUCCUGUCUCCACUCCCCUCUGGUCCAAUGGCGCGGGAUCCAGCGCCUCCGGAGGGACCUCGCUAUGAGGGCGACGACCUCUCAACGGCUCCCACAGCCACGGAAAACUCGCCACUUCUCCAGUCCGAGACCGCCAGCUCGAGAACGCUGACCCCGAGAGAUGACUCGCCUGCAAGUGCAGCGAGGACGGGGAGCGCGGCACCCCGAGUUCGAAACGACUCGGAGCCGGCCAUUGGGUGGAAGCGGGCCGUAUGCAUCAUCUUGAGCAUGUGGGCGUUGAUAUUCUUGCAAGCGAGCAACAUGAGCGGCAUGACCAUGACGCAGUCCAUCAUCGCCACCGACCUGGACGCAUACGAGAGCGCCAUGUGGUUCACGAGCUCAUACCUCAUCGUCAUGGCUUCCCUGGCCCCGCUCAUCGGCCGCCUGGCCAUGAUCUUCUCGCCGGGCCACAUGGUCCUGGUGUCGGCCCUCUUCUUCGCUGUCGGCGCCGUCGUCACCUCGCAGGCCCGGUCGUUCGGCGUCUUCAUCCUCGGGAGGGUGCUGACCGGCGUUGGGGGCGGCGGCGUCCUGACGCUGGCCAUGAUCUUGGUCUUGCAGCUGACGAGCAAGAAACGCCGCGGCCUGUUCAUCGGCCUGACCAAUGCCGGGUUUACUAUUGGACUGUCGACGGGAGCUGUUGUAUAUGGCGCGCUUCUUUCCACCAUGGGAUGGCGAGCAUUGUUCUGGCUACAAGCCCCCUUUGGGCUUCUCGCCGGAUUAGGGGUUUAUCUUAGCUUGCCGCCCUUUGCUGUCCACGGGUCGACAAAGGCCAAAACCGUAUUGCAGAAACUUGCAGCCAUCGACUAUGCUGGGGCAAUCGCCUUGAUACUUACCAUCGUCCUUUUCCUCUACGGCCUCUCGGGCAACAUCCGGAUCCUGCCAAUCGUCCUGUCGGCCAUCUCCCUCCUAGCCUUCGUCGCCAUCGAGUACCUCGUCGCGUCGGACCCCAUCAUCCCACUGACGGUCCUCCAGUCCCGCGGGAUCCUGCUCUCAUGCAUGGCGCAGCUCGGUUUCAUGGCAGCGCGCUGGACGGUGCUGUACUUCGCCCCCAUCUUCGUGCUCGCGGUACGCGGCCUCAGCCCGACGGUCGCGGGCGCGGUGCUGGUCCCGACCAACCUGGGCUUCGGCUCGGGCGGCCUCGUGGUCGGGUGGCUGCACGUGCGCCGCGCGGGGUCAUUCUACGCCCCGUCGCUGGCGUCUCUGCUCUUCUUCGCCAUCGCGCUGGCGGGGCUGUCGUUCCUCAGCACGGCCGCGGCGCCGGCGUGGCUGUACGUCCUCGUCGUCUUCCUCAACGGCUUCGGCACCGGCGCCGCGCUCAACUACACGCUCGCCCACCUGCUGCACCUGUCGGCGCCCGAGGAGCACUUCAUCGCCACCAGCCUGCUGGCCACCUUCCGCGGGUUCGCCGGCAGCUUCGGCACCGCCAUCGGGGGCGGCAUCUUCGCCCGCAGGCUGAGGGCCUCGCUGACGAGCGGGUUCGAGCUCCUCGACGGCGGCGACGGGAUCCUCGACCCGGGCCGGCGGGAGCUCAUCACGCGGCUGAUCGGCAGCCCCGCCCUCGUCUUCGGCGGCGACCUCAGCGACGCGGAGAGGGCCGUCGCCGUCCGCGGGUACGAGGACUCGCUGAGGGUGCUCUACCGGUCGGCGGCGGCGCUCUGCAUCUUGGUCCUGCUCGUGCAGGCCGGGACCGGGUGGUCGGGCGUGGCUGCGAAGGAGGACGCGGAGGAGGUCGAGGAGGCGGUUGCGGAGCAUGACGCGGCCAUGGAGGCAUGAUUUUGGGGUUUCUGGGUUUCCCCGGAUUUCUUGGCUGCCUAGAAUGGGAUUUACUCCUGGGGAGCUUGGAAAAGUGCAAAGGCCUUUGACAUGCUGUUCUACAACAGAGGGGAGUCCUAUCUGGGGCCCAGGCGAUGCUCUCCAUGUUGUUCUGUAUGAUUUCUACGAAGCAUUGCACUUUAUCUCAGAACUGGCUGCUGUACUGUACAUAUAUAUAUAUAUACGAAGCUAGGGGCAUUUUCGCAUAAGCAGUGACAUUCUAUCUAGCAUAAUAGGAU